AUGGCUCCUUCGACGUUCAAGCUCAACACCGGACAGGAAAUGCCUGCUGUCGGUUUCGGCACUUGGCAAGCAGCCCCCGGCGAAGUCGCCGCCGCCGUCACGCACGCGCUCAAGGUGGGCUACAAGCUGAUCGACGCGGCCUACUGCUACGGCAACGAGGACGAGGUCGGGCAGGGCAUGAAAGCCGCCUUUGAUGCCGGCUACUGCAAGCGCGAGGACAUCUUCGUCAUGACCAAGCUGUGGAACACGUACUCGACGCGCGCCGAGCUAGGGCUGUCCAAGUCGCUCGCCGCGCUCGGCCUCGACUACGUCGACCUGUACCUGGUGCACUGGGCCGUCGGCAUGAACCCGCACGGCAACGACGACAAGUUCCCCAAGCUGCCCGACGGCAGUCGCGAUAUCCUGUGGGACCACAAUCACGUCGCGACCUGGAAGCAGAUGGAGGGUUUGGUUAAGACGGGCAAGACGAAGAGCGUGGGCGUUUGUAAUUAUAGCGUGCCCUACCUCGAGCAGCUGCUGAAGCACGCUGAGAUCGUCCCGGCUAUCAACCAGAUCGAGAACUCGCCUGCACUGCCGCAGCAGGAGGUUGUCGAUUUCUGCCGCGCGAAGGAGAUUCAUGUCGUGGCCUACAGCCCCCUGGGCAGCACCGGUGGCCCGCUGUUGAAGAGCGAGCCCGUCACCAAAGUCGCGGAGCGCAAGGGGUGCAGUCCGGGUACGGUGCUGCUGAGCUAUCACGUCGCGAGAGGCGUCACAGUGCUCGCCAAGUCGGUCACGGAAUCGCGCAUCACGUCCAACCUCGAGAUCGUCGACCUCGACGCCGAAGACAUGAAAAUCCUGGACAGCUACUCGGCCGGCGGCAACGUCACGCGCUUCGUCUACCCGCCUUUUGGCAUCAACUUCGGGUUCCCAGAUAAGCUGGAGGGCAAGAUCAUGCCGAACAGUGUUACUGCCUAG